AUGGAGAACAAAGCAGCCUUCCUCAAUUCUAAGGGUACGCCCUUGUCGAUUCAACAGGCACAUCUUGCCCAGCCCGAGGUGCAUGAAGUCCUCAUCCGCAAUCACGCUGUCGCCAUCAACCCUGUCGACUACAAGAUACAGGAUACUGGUGUUCUAGUUUGCGAAUGGCCAUAUAUUUUGGGUGAGGAUAUUGCUGGCGAGGUGGUCGAAGUUGGCUCUGCCGUCACCUCUUUUCAAAAGGGUGAUCGCGUUGUAGCAUUCGCGCUCAACAUCGUGACUCAGAGCCAGGCCAAUGGGGGUUUCCAGCUAUAUACUGCCACUGCUGCAAGCAUGGUAUCGCUUAUUCCCGAGAAAGUUGCCUUCACGGAUGCUGUAGUAUUACCUCUGGGCUUGGCUACGGCGAGUGGCGCUCUGUUUUCAACAGAAUACUUGGGCAUUGAUCCUCCCAGAGCGGCGGAGCCUAUCCCUACUGAAAAUAAGAAGAAGCUUGUGCUCAUUUGGGGUGGAGCUAGCAGCGUUGGAUCUUGCGCCAUUCAGCUUUGCGCUGCUGCUGGACUGACGGUGCUCACAACGGUUUCACCUAAGAAUACCAACUAUGCAAAAGACCUUGGCGCGGCCGAAGCUUUUGAUUACAACGACAGUGCGGUCGUUAAGAAUCUUGAGGAAGCAGCGCUUGGAAAGGAAAUCAUCGGAGCGUAUGAUGCUAUUUCUUCCGAGGCCAGCCUGGCAGCCUGCGUUGACUUUCUCCAUGCUGUUGGAGGUGGAAAACUGUCGCUCACGUUGACCAACACGAAACUCCCGGACCUGCCAGAAGGGGUCACCGUAGUUGCCGGACGGCCGCCACUUCAAGGCCCUGAUGGCGGAGAACCAAUCUGGAGGCAGGUGUACAAGGAUUUCCUUGGUGCGGGUUUGCAGAAUGGAAAACUGAAAGCCAAGCCAGAUGCUUUUGUACUUAAGGGUGGCUUAGGAAGGCUACAGGAAGGUCUGGACCUCGUCCGAACAGGCGUGUCUGCAAAGAAGAUCGUGGUGGAACUGAUGAGUUAG